GUGCACUAGCCCUGCUAAGGUCUUGCUAUUGUUAGCCGGGUCGGCACCGGCUUAGGGCAAUAGCUCUCGCUAAUUGGCACAGAGCCGCCUACAACAUUUGGUGCCCUAAGAGUGCGCCGAACCGCUCUCUUAGCAGUUCUUUCUGUUUAUCGCGUACCCUGGAUUGGCCAUCAUACCUACGGCCGUUUCUCUGCGCCGCCUUGCUCCGCCGGUCGACUGUCGACCAAUACGGGACCUCAGCGCCGCACAUGUCUCAGGAAGAGGUCGUGCGCGUUACCAAGUUGCUGGAGGGUAUCUCUUUCAGCAUCUCGAUUAGCACGACGACUACUACGGGUGAUGCCCCUUCUGCCGCGGCUGGCGCCGCCGGCCUGAUUCCCGCUGGCGAUGCCGCGGCUGGCUCCUCCGGUGCUGCUGGCACCGCUGGAAUGGACGUCGAUCUGCCGUCCCUGACUACCGAGCAGCAGGGUGCUGCAGUCUCGGCUGCUGCUGCUGCUGUCGUCGCCGGAGCUCCCGUCAUCGCUGGAGUCCCCGCAGCCGCCGACCUGCCGCCCACCGUGACCAUCGCGUCCACCGCUCUGGUCUCGCUGCUUACUCAGGUUGGCCAGCAGGUCGCCCAGCAGGUCGCAGCGACCGCUGCCCCGGCCGCGCUGCCCGCGCCUGCUGAACCUGCUGCGCCUCCCGCGCCUGUUGCGUCUGCUGCGCCUGCCGGCUACGCCGCUGCCGCUGCAGCGCCCGCCGCCGCUGCGCAGCCCGCUGCGCCUGUUCCUGCCCAGCUGACACCCUACGAUGCCCUUCUUUCCGCAUGUCACUCCUUCGCUGAUGCCUUCAAAUUCCUGCGCCACAACGUUCUCGACGGUGAGCGCCUGACUCUGUCGGAGCUGAAAGAUGUGUUCCUGCGUCGCUUUGACUUUCGGGUCACGACAAAGGCUGAGGACGCUCGGGAUGACCUGCAGAAGGGCCGGGUGAAGAUGGAUCUAGCCAAGGGUGUCGAGGAAUACGCCGCGCGUUUCCUUGAGCGUGUGACCGUUGCGGGAUUCACGCCUGGGCUAGACCUGAAGCAUGACUUCAUGCUGAUGCCAUUCUUCCGUGAUGGCCUGAUCGACAAGCUGCAGUCGAAGUGUGUGCUCGAUGGGGACCGGAAGCCCUUUACUCGUCUGAUGGACCUGAUCUCUUGGGCUUCUAGCCAGGAGCGUGUGUUGCGCGCCGAGAAGACUGCUACUCGCGCCCGUCAACAGCGCGCUGCCACCCGCGCGUCUGCGCCUGCCGCUGCGACCGCCCGCGCGGACCCGCAACCCUCUGGCCGUGAUGGCUGGCAGCCUGCUAAUCGCCGCGGCUCCAAGCGCGCCGCCGAUGGCCCUGCCCUGAACCCCCUGCAGCUGACGCGCAUCCGUCACAGCUCGGGCCGGCUCCUCUCCAUGGUGGAGAAGGAGAUGUGCGACACCCGCGGUCUGUGUUACUUCUGCUUUGGCCAGAACCACCGCUCGUCUGAGUGCCCUCUGGCUCAGCGCGAUGGGAACGGUGGUGGUGGUGGUGGCGGUGGUGGUGCCGCUGGUGGUGGUGGUGGUGGUGGUGUUCGCCGCCGCGAGAACGGCAACGGUCCUCGCCGGGCUCAGGCCCAGGUGGCCGAGGCCGCUGACGCCCGCGAUUAGGGUGUUGCCCAGCGCUGUGAUUGUGGCCAGCGCGUUGGGACAUGUUGCUCUGUGAAGUUUGCAAGCUUGAACGUUACGCACGCGCGUGACUUGUGCUUUGUGGAUGACGCCGCUCUCUCUUUGGUGGAAGAGAAGAUUGGUCGGCCUGUCACUUCGGAUGCUUGCUCCGCUGCGGUGCGCAUGUGUAAAUCCCGGAUGAUUGG